UGUACUGAAUAUGUCACUGAAGGUCAUGAUUCCAAAAAUCUCAAAGUGCUAAUCUCUGCUAUAAGCUAUGUCAUCGGCCAUUGAUUAUCAUAAAUUUCGCAGAGGGGAGACAUGUAGCGAAGAAGGAUGCCGCGCUCGAAAAUUCUAUAUUGAAGAUGGUAAAAAGUUUUGUCAACGAGGUCAUGAGCAAGCAGGUUUUACACAAACUCAACAAGAUGAGGAUGACUGGAAUCAACAAGGGAAGAAGUCCAGAAAGCGACGAGAGGAAAAAGAGCAGGUGGAAAAAGUUUUCGGGGGUCGUGAUGCGACACAACUCUAUUUACAAUGUUACCAAUUAAUCCUUUGGAAACAAACCCACUGGUUAGUGACAGUGAAGGGCUUUCCAAAAGAACUAGAAACUAUCGUAAGAGAUUUGUGGGAAUUGAGAUUGAGAGUCUUACAAGGUUCGGGAGAUGAGAGAAGUGAGUAUGGGACAGAAUUUGGGUCAACGACGGAAGGGGACGAGACGGAUACGGAUGGGACGGGGUAUAGAAGCACGGCUUCGACUGUUAUGAGUAGGAAGAGAGCAUCUAGGACCAAGAAACAUCUUCCAAAAUUAAUUGAGACUCUGGGGUUUUGCUACCUUGGAAUAUUACUUUUGCGACUGCCUACAAGUUUAGGAGAGAUAUAUAAAUGGGCAGCUAGGGAUGAGAUUAUCUAUACACGAGCGAUUAAAGAAAUUCCUAAAGAUAUGAGAGCUCGAUUACCAGGUCAUUAUUUCAGAGCACUCGAAAUCCACAGCAUCUUGAAUGGGCAUAGACUUCAUCAAACAGUACUCGAUAUGGUUUCCUUUUUCAAUUUCAAUUUCGAAAUGGUUUUCCCCCCAAUAAACCACAAACUACUUCUAUACAAGAGUAUUAGAGAUCUGGGUCUUCCAGUUGACAUUUACAUGGCUGUAAAUCAUCUUGCUGAGAUUCUGGAAUACAAUUUUUCAUACCCGAUCCAUAACAAGCGGCUACAUGGAACAACUGGGUAUCCAGAAUAUCAACUCACCAGUCUGAUAGUUAUUGCCACAAAGCUCAGCCAGCCAUUCGAUGACAUACACCGUCAUCCAGAAAGCAAUCUAGAUGCCACAGCUGCAAGAAUCAACUGGACCAAAUGGCAAAGUAUUAUGCUCGACAAUACGACUGAAGGCUUGAAGCGUGGAGAUGAAAUCAAAAUUACAGAUGCAGAUGUUUUUAAAAUGACUGGAGAACAAAUGGAUGACUGGAUGAAUUGGUAUCACAAGACUUGGAUCGAUGAUAGAGAUCAAAAAGCUCCGCAGCAAAUUUUGGAGCUCUUCCCAUUGACGGAUAUCAUAUCUGAGACGACAAUGGAAAUAGUUGAUCCGGAUCCAAUCAAUCGGGCCAAAGAAGUUCACAAAACAUUAACCCUUCAGAAGCCAGUAGCACGUGUGGAUGAUGAAGAAUCCCAAGAUAUUGUUCGCCCAGGUGAAAAGUAUAGAAGGUAUCGGGCAAUUGAAGAGUUACCUGAAAGUGCUAAGGCCUUUUUUGAGAUUGCUGGUAAGUUGUUCUUGUUAGAUGGUGUCUUCAUGCUCUCAUUGACUGGUAUAGCGAGAAAUAUUGGAACAUCUAUUGAAAAAUUGGUACAGGGUGUUUUUACUACCGAGGUUCGAUUGGAAAAAUGGAUGUUAGAUGAGCGUAGGAAAGAGUUGUUAGAGCAGGAAGAGAGUGAGGAAGAAAACGCUAAUCAGGAGGAGAUGAUACAUGGCGACGAGGUGGAUGGCGACGUCGGGAAGGAAGAAUUCGACGAGAAAGACGUUGAUUCUCCUACGAUAGAGUGAGGAUGAAGCAAUUAGGUUCCCUAAUUCGUGUGCAAUUUUCGUAAGACGGGUACGGGUAAUAGUUCUGGUUCGGACGUAUUGGAAAAGGGUGCGAUCUUGCUUUGAAUAGGUUCAUUGGUGUUUAGGAUUUAUUGUAGAUACCCAGAGAAAUGAUUGAAUGAAACCUUCAGACUCAUAACG